AUGUCAACAACUCAGAAAACUGAUUCCACGACCGGACCCCAGUUGGAACCCCAGCUGGAACCCCAGUCGGAAUCUAGAGCUUCUGACUGCAGGAUCCUGCCAUUCCAAUUGAGUGACGAUGACGACGACGAUUCGAACGUGGACAUGGAAGUCGAUUCCACUAGAGAGCCACAUAGAGGUCCUUCAUCGUCAUGCAGCCUUGAUUACCGGGUUCAAGUGCUUCAUGUCACAAGCACUGACGACAGGAAAAGGUCGGAUAUAGAGUAUCCGGAUAAUAAUAUGGAUACUGAUCCAGAUGCUGCUGCCCGGUGGUCGAGAAGGCAGGCUUUCAUGUACUUGUGGGAACUCUACAUCAAUUCUGAUGACGAUUUUACAACCUUCGCAGAAUAUCUGCAACCCAUUUAUGAUUUUCCUGAUGAUUUCCCGGAACGCAUAGAAGAACGUAUGCAAGAGGAAGUAGAUGCAGAGUUAGAGAUGGGUGUCGACGAGUUAGACGAUCUAGAGGAUGAUGAGCUAGAUGAUUAUGUGGACGAUAUCAUUAGUAUAUUGUCUGAUUCAGAUGAUCAUGAGGACGACAUCAUCAGUAUAUCAUCAGAUACAGAUGAUUCAGAUAAUGACACCAUCAUCAAUGUUUCUGAUGAUGAGGAGCGUUAG